AUGUCGACCGACGAACAAGUUCAAGUUCAAGAUACCCCACCCAAUGUAAACGAAGAUACGCAGAUGCAAGAUGCCUCUGAGCCUCCCACAGGUCCUGCCGCAAUGGCUCCCAAAAACAAGAAGCGACCGCGGAUCGAUUUGGCUGUCGAGUCGCGUGAACGUAAACGCGGCAAGACUAUGUUCGGGCUCGUGUUGGGUACCCUCAACAAGGCAAAGAACGAGGAUAAGGAGCGGAACGCCAGCGAAGCGGCCAAGAAGCGGCACUUGAUUGAGCAGAGAUUACAGGAUAAGCUGCGAAAAGAGACUGACUCUGUCAGGAGAGCCGAAGAGGCGAAAAAAGACAAGACCACUGCGAAUAGGAAAGAAGAAGAGCUCCAGCUGAAGGAUUCGAUCCACAAACUUCGCCGGACACGACUACCGCUGCUGGCCAACUUCCUACUCACCUCCGACCAGAUACCUGUGGACGAUGACACACCACCGCCGCCAUCUACCAACCCAUUGGCUCCCAUGCCACGCACACAUCCUCCACCGCUAUACUACCUUCCAGCAAUACUCACACCCGCGCAAGAAACGUUUAUCCAGCGACGUCAAGCGGAGGUGAAGGAGGCGACGGAGAAGGAAUGGGUGGCCUUCCGGGAGGAACGGACAGCAGGCGUCGAGGAGAUCACCCAGUUGCGCCAGCGCGUCGCUGAAGAGGACGCGCGCAAGAAGUUGGAACGAGGAGUAGAGCCCGAAGCGGGAGAGAGACCUGGCGCACCGACGGCUGCCGCAGAUAAGGAUGCCGUGAUGGCCACAGAAGACAGCACCGGUGGUGACGUCUCAUCCUCCACUGCCAACAGGCCGGAGACGCAGGAUGCGCCGCGGCCCGAACGUGAGGCUGGGAUGGAAGUGGAUAAGGAUGAGGCUGUUCCAGCAACUGCGGCACCAUCUGCUGUGGAGACCGCCAAAGAAGUGGUGCAGGUGCAGGUACAGCAGCAGGAGCACAAGGAGGAACCUGCGCCGAUGCAUGCGGACGACGACGAUGCAGUGGAGUAUUGA